CGUCAACGGGGUGGGAGGAAGGGAAGGGAAGUAGAGACAGCGAAUCCAUGGCGGGCCCUUCGCGGAAGAUUUCGGCGGCAUCAGCUCGAUCUCACACUCGGAAGAAGGCGCGCGGUGGUUCCUCUUUCUUCCAUCGAGCAUUUGUUUCCACACUUGCGGUUGCAGCUUUCAUUUGUGCAGUGCUUAGUAUUUCAUGUUUUGAUUCAAAGAUAUGUCACAUGACCACUGAAGCAUUAUAGAACCUUCUUUUUUGAACUCGAGGAAUGUUGAAGACACUUUCAUCUGUUCUAUUCAUUGGCAUAAUAGCCUGGUCAUAUCAAGCAAUUCAGCCUCCACCUGCUAAGAUUUGUGGUUCCCAAGAUGGCCCUCGUGUUACUGCACCCAGAAUUAAACUCAAAGAUGGAAGGCAUUUGGCCUACUUGGAGAAUGGUGUUCCAAAGGAAACUGCCAAAUACAAGAUUGUGUUCAUCCAUGGUUUUGACUGUUGCAGAUAUGACGUCUUCUCAAUAUCUCCAGCACUGAUUGAAGAACUAGGGAUUUAUCUACUAUCAUUUGAUAGAGCUGGAUAUGGAGAGAGUGACCCUAACCCAAAGAUGACAGAAAAAAACACUGCAUUAGAUAUUGAAGAGCUGGCAGAUCAGUUAGGACUUGGAACCCAAUUUUUUGUAAUUGGGUUUUCAAUUGGAGGAGAGAUUGCUUGGACCACUCUUAAGUACAUUCCACACAGGCUUGCUGGAGCUGCAAUUGUCGCCCCUGCUUUCAAUUACUGGUGGCAUGGUUUUCCUUCCAAUUUAACUACAGAAGCUUAUAACCUGUUGUUCCCACAAGAUAAAUGGGCACUUCGAGUAACUCAUUAUGCUCCUUGGUUAACUUACUGGUGGAACACUCAAAAAUGGUUUCCUGGAUCAAGUCUUAUAUAUAAACGUACUGAUAGUCUUUCACCUUCAGAUCUAAAGGUUUCGCCAAAACUUGAAUCUAGAGAAAAAUAUAGGGAAGAAAUAAGGCAGCAAGGAGAAUAUGUCUCUCUGCAUCGUGACCUGAUGCUUGGCUUCCAGUGUUGGGAGUUUAGCCCAUUGGAACUCGAUAACCCCUUUCCUAAUAAUGAAGGAUCUGUUCACUUGUGGCAUGGCGUAGAGGAUCGCAUUGUGCCAGUGAUGCUAUCACGAUACAUCAGCCAAAAGCUAUCCUGGGUUCACUACCAUGAGCUUCCAGAUGCAGGCCAUAUGUUCCCUGUCGCAGACGGCAUGAGUGAUGCUAUCGUUAAGGCUCUUUUGCUGGGAAACAAUUAACUUUUGCACAUCUCCAGAGUCGAUUUCAAUUUCCUUUCAUGCCAAAAAGUUAAAAUGGUGAGCAGUCCAAUUUCCCAUAUCACUAGUAAAUGUAUUUGUUUUCAGGGUGUUAAUUACUGUAAAAUAUUGCCUAGAAAAAAAGACAAAUUUUGGAGAAUGACUGGAUUAUUUUUAGCAUGAGUAUUUCAAGGGAAGUUGUAUCAUGGUAUUUUGAUCAGUAAUAUAUAUUUGUUUCCCAAGGCA